CAACAAGGUGGAUGGGACUCAUACAUGCAGUGAGACUGCAAUGGACUCAACCGGUGCUUUUGUGUAUCAGCUAGUCAUGUGCUGACGCAUGAACUGUACGCGCGGGAAUGCGACACAUGGACUGUCCUGUUUGUAUUCUGCAGCUGCGUUUCAAUCACUGAACAUUUAAUUCGUAUUUUUUCGGGGUCAUACUAGAAGCAUGCUGAGCUCCAAGCUGCUGACCCUGGUGCUGGUGGUCCAGCCCGGCAGGGUGCUGCUCGGCAUGAAGAAGAGGGGCUUCGGGGCUGGAAGGUGGAAUGGCUUUGGGGGCAAAGUUCAGCCCGGGGAGACCAUCGAGGAUGCAGCCAGGAGAGAGCUGCUGGAGGAGAGCGGUCUCACGGUGGACGCGCUGGAUAAGAUCGGGAACAUCAAGUUUGAAUUCGUCGGGGAAACGCAGCUGCUCGACGUGCACAUCUUCAGAGCGGACGCUUACAACGGCGAGCCCACCGAGUCCGACGAAAUGAGGCCUCAGUGGUUUGAAAGCGACAAAAUCCCCUUCAGCCAGAUGUGGCCCGACGAUCACAUGUGGUUCCCUCUGAUGCUGCAGAAGAAGAAAUUCGUGGGCUACUUCAAGUUCCAGGGUCACGAUGUGAUUCUCAGCCACACGCUGGAGGAGGUGGACGAGCUCUGACCGGCACCAAACGCCCUCCGAAAUAAACUCUUCUCUGUUUUGUGACAUGAUUGAAAAACCAAACAACAACACACAAGAAGAAAUGUUCAUUCCUCAUUUUAUUAGAAUUGAUCUGCAACAAUUAGGACCUCUUCAUUGCCAUAUUUACAGUAUCUACAGCCGUUACUCUGUUGGGUUUCAUAUUCUGUGCAGCUUUUUCAGGUCAAAGUUAAAGUGAAUGCCAAAAAAGAAAAAAGAAGUGUUUCAUACUGUAUGUACAGCAUUUAUAUUAAAUAUGAGCGAUGAUAUGUUCUCUGGUCUGGAUCUGUCAGUUUCAGUCUUUUCAGUGUGUUUGAAAGAAAGCAUCUUGAAUCAAAACUCAACUGUGUUGACAUACAAGACUUAAACGUCCUGAAAUAUCUGAGUAAUCUGACUGAAAUCUGACGACAUCCAAAUGGUUCGUUCUCGUGUCGUCAAGUAAAUCAGCGUAAAGUGAAGCUAAAGAGAAAAAAAAAGGUGGAUUUUUAAUUGAAUCUGCAGAGGAAUUCUCUUUCCCGUGCUCAUUUAUCUUUGGUAAUACUGUAAGUCGAUAGCUUAUAGUGUUAUCACUGACUUAAGUCAUUAGUGCCACGGCUGAUUAUUUUACCCAUAAAUCUCUUCUUGAAGCAUUUACAGUCGGAGGCCUUUAAAAUAGCUUAUGGAAUAAAAAAAAAAAAAAAAAAAUUAGAGGAAUCUUGUGAACAGCUCAAGCAGAAAAGAUGCAGCCCUG